CACUUAACAAGGUCUGCAGGCUGCAGGGAUGUUGUUCUAUCUGCUACUCCUCGCUGGAUGUUUCUCUCGCAGCUCUACUGACACACCUACAUUUAAUGUGCUGCAGAACAGAAUGGCUACUCUACCCUGUCCUCAUAAGAAGGGGGAUGUAACAUGGAGCCGCUACAGAGAUGGUUACCGCGUGAUUCUGGUUACUAUCACAAAUGGCCAUGAGAAAAGAUCUGACAAACGCUACGGUUCUCUGACAGACAACUCCCUGGUAAUAAGAAAUGUUACAGUGUUUGAUUCAACAUUGUAUUUUUGUAAUAAAACGCAAGUAUAUCUGAAUGUGACAACUCCUCCCAACACGGUGGUCCCAAGUGCUGGAAGUGUACCAGUCACACAGAGUUUCAGCAUUGAACCAGACGCAGAGAACCAACAACCCUCAGACUUUUGGAAACUGGCUGUCGGUGUAGUUGUCGGUGCCGUGUUGGUGCUUUUGGUGAUCUUAACUCUGAGAUUCUGCUUCAAAAACAGAACGGAGAGAAGCACUCGGAACAACAAAUUGGACAAAAGUGUCACCGGCGAGGCGAUUUAUGAGGAGAUUGAAGCCAACGAGGAGCAGCCGAGAGGGAUGGACUCUCAUUUUGAAAGUCCGUACUACUGGACGAGCAUCAGUGAACCGGCGAGCACCUCCACGCCACCCAGUAAUAAUCUCAACAGCGCUGUUAACAAGCCAACAGCUAAAGGACGCAGCGGUGGAGAGUGUGUUUAUUCCCUCGCCCAAAACCCACUACAGACGGGAGGUGUCGGUGAAUAAUCGGCUCUCGGUAUCGCUGCAGGAUUCAGUUAUCUUUCACACUUGGUAGAUCAAUAUAGAAACAGGUCAUCUCCAGGAGCAGGUCUACAGAAAUAUGAUAUGAUAUGAUUUCUGGUCCGUGCGCUUUGUUUUUCAGAGGUGGUGAUGCCUUAUGAAGUUGUAGCUG